ACCCGGCGAUCUUCCCGUCUGACGUACGCACGCCAGCCGCAGUGGCCACCAGGUCGAGUGUGUCUCAUCCAGUCAUUCCACGCCCACAUUCACACAUAAUCUGAUUCACCUUCCCCUCGACCAUAAAUAUUUCCUCCCUUUCGACCCAAGAAAAAGAGUCUCGAACAGCAUUGUCUCACCCCUCCCCUCCCCCCUCAAAAAAGGUUCAAGAAGUCGGGCAGAGAAACAAACAAAGAAAGCAACAAAAAGCAAACAUGUCGCUCUCGAGACUGGUCUCCUGGUUUCCCCACGUCAAGGCGCCCGUCAUCAUCAAUGCGCCGAUGCUCGGCUCAGCCGGCGCCGCCAUGGCAACUGAAGUCCACAAAGCCGGUGGCUUCGGUUUCAUCGCCGCGGGCUACGACUUCACGGAGUCCUCCACCCAGGUGACGGACCUAGACAAGGCCCUCACCCAAGCCCGCACACUCCUCUCCACGCCCCCCGCCGACGGCGUCAACGCCCUCCCGCUCGGCGUCGGCUUCAUCACGUCUCGGGACCCGGCGUCCCAGUUCACCGCCAACGUACUCCCGGUCCUCACGCGCCACCGCGUCGCGGCGGCGUGGCUCUUCGCCCCGAACGCCGAGACCAAGCCGCACGCUGGCAUCAUCCCCGCGCUCCGCGAUGCGUCGAUCCGGGUCUUCGUGCAGGUCGGGACCGUGGCCGCGGCGCGCGAGGCGGCGGCGGACGGCGCGGACGUCAUCGUCGCGCAGGGCGUCGAUGCGGGCGGGCACCAGUUCGCGCGCGGGUGCGGCGUGGUGGCGUUGGUGCCGGAGGUGCGGGCGAUGCUGACGGCCGAGUUCCCGGGCCGGGAGGUCGCGGUCGUGGCGGCGGGCGGCAUCGUCGAGGGCAGCGGCGUCGCGGCUGCGCUGGCGCUCGGGGCCGAGGGUGUGGUCAUGGGCACGCGGUUCGUGGCGACGGACGAGGCCCUGAGCGCGCGGCUGCACAAGGAUGUCAUCGUGCAGACGCGGGACGGCGGCGUGAGCACGUGGAAGUCCGACUUCCACGACAAGCUCGUGGACAACAAGCUCUGGAAGGACGGUUACGACGGCCGGGCGAUCGUGGGCGACAUCCACCGCGAGUACCACGCGCUCGGCGGCAAGACGGCAACGGUGAAGGAGAGCCAGGAGAGGCUGCGGUCGGGGUGGAGCGAGGACGAGGGGAAGAAGAUGAUUGGGAAGUGGGCGGGUGCCGGAGUGGGACUUGUCAACGAGAUUAAGCCGGCGGGAGAGGUGGUGGUCGAGGUGAGAGAGGCUGCAAGGAAGAGAAUUCAGGAGCUGGCUGGAUCGAUUUAGAGGAAGCCCGUAGAGGCUCGUAUGGGCACAUCCAUCUGGACAUGGCUGAGACGCUGCACC